UAAUUAUGCUGAUGUUUGAACGUAGUUUCUGCAGGUAAACGUUUGGAGUUUAUGAAUAGAUUGACGUUCCUCAUUAUAUCAUUUCGACUUUUUAAUUUAACUAAUGCUGCUGUGCUUUGUGAUAGUACACUUUCCCCAGAUCUGUUUGUGAACCUUGAGAUAGACAUACUUGCGAUACAAGGCUUUGAAUGUGUUCUGUAAAAAUGUCUACAAAAUGCGAACUUAAUAAUAGUAAUAGUACUAAUAUAGUAUAUGUAUAUGUCCUACUUAUACGGCAGCAAAUAAUCUAUGGUCUCGACAUACUAUAUAACUUAUAUAGACAAAACCUAUGUUCAUACCCGUAUCAUGAAGUUUUACAGAAAGUUAAUUAAAAAAAUUGUGCAUCAGGCAUCUUAAAUUUGAGGGAAGAAAUGAGUAUCUGUAUGUAUUAUAAGAAUAUUAUUGAAGACAUUCAUCGUAGAUUUUGUAAAUUAUACUCAAUUUUGAAGCAAAUCAAUCAUGCUAAAUUUUUAUUGAUUCGCUCAUUUUUUUAUCAACAUGUAUAAAAUUAUAUAUCAUAUUAUAUUCAUACGACUGCCAGAAAGGAGUAUUUGGGAAUGAUCACAUUAAAACAAAAACCUGGGGAAAGCAGGGCAUAACCUAUGCGUUCAUUCGUCAGCGUCGGGAAAUCACGAAUAGGGGAACCCUCGGCGCGUCCACAAUGCGCAACUCUGUAGGGGUGUCCCACUUUCAUUAUCAUUAACGCUCGCUUAAGUACUGAAAAAUAUCGUUAAAACAAUUUAUAAAAAACAUACUUAAAUAAGACAUUAUCCACUUAUUUAUCCUAAAAUGGUAUACACAAAUCAGGCUCUUUGUUCGUCUUUAUGUCUAUGCUGCCCACUCAGUGAAUGAAUUCGUCCGGGAUUUCUCGCCUUGUCCCACCAACACGUGACGUCAGUGUACGACAAAAUGGCGGUAGAUUCAGCCUAGCAGGCAUGGACGAAGUCCGUAAAUUGUCAUUUUCUCCAAUGAUUUGGUCACAGAGACAAGGAAUACAAUGGCAGAGCCUAAACGAGUGGAAUUUAAAACCAUUUCAACUACAAAUGGUGACAAAACUGACAAAAAACGGACGCUUACACACAGAUUUGUCCUAUCUCUUCCCGAGUCUACAGCUUCGACGUGCCCAGAGUUUUCAUUCACGGAAUUGGUCAAGAAAGAAAAGAGUGGUUCAGACGACCCAUUUGGUGAUGAAGACAACCACGACGAAAUUGCAGCUCUUGCAAAGAAAUUUGAGGAAAAAUAUGGUCCAAAGCCACGAAAGAAGAUGAAAUGUCUCAAUGAUGAUUACUUCGAUCUGGGAGAAGGCUAUGAUGAAAAUGACCCUUUUAUUGACAAUACAGAAGCUUAUGAUGAGGUGGUCCCAAGCUGCCUUACAACUGUGCAUGGUGGCUUCUACAUCAACCGAGGUACCUUGGACUUUAAAACUCUUUCAGACCAUGAGGACUCAGAUGAUGAUUUCGCAUCCUCUAGCAUCAGAAAGAGAGGAAGACCCAAGAAAAUCCUAGAAUCCGGAAGUGAGCAGGAAGAAGAUAAUGAACAAAAGAAAAAAAAACUGAAGCGCAAGAGACUAAAAGAGGGCGUUGAAGGUGAGAGGAAAAAAAGGAAAAGAAUUCCAUUGGGACUUGAUGGUGAAAAGAUCAAAAAGAGAAAAGCAUUGGACCCAGAACGAAAGAAGAAGACCUCUCCAACAGUUGCAGAACUUCUGAAACAGCAGACUGCCUCGACUUCAACCACUACUGCUGUGACCAAUGGUAAUGCUGAUGAGGAGAUGCAAAAUAUUUUGUUGCAAAAUCCUGAUCAUCCCACAGAUAAAUUAACUGUCCAGGCUAAGAGUGAACAGGCUAUGUCAGAUUCACCACAGGAUGAUCUGUGUGAGGAUAGAAAGUCGGACAGCCCUGAAAUUGUGAACCAUCUGCCUACAGGAUUGCCUCCUUCCCUCGCCAAUACCAUUGACAGCAUCAAACAGGCAGCAAGGGAGACAAAGGAAGGAAAAUGCAAGUUUUUCUCAGGGAAUGUCAACAAGAUGCUGCUUGACAUUGAGUUGGCAUCACGACAGUUGGCAUGUGGUCAUCGCUCGUUGAUUUAUGCACACUUGGCAGACCACUUGCCAUGUGGAAAGGAGACACUGAUAAAGCGCGCCAAAAAGUUGCGUGAAAACCAGCAAGAUGAUCAGCUUAAGGUUCCAAUUCAGCGACUCAAGGAUGCAAUCAAUGAAAUAAUGCCAGGCUUACAGGAGCAACAUGAGCAGGAUGUGCAAAAAGCAAGAAUGGAGAACAAAGAGAAAGGGGAAGACAUGGACCUGGCUAAGGAUGAAGCAGGCAAUACUGAAAGUGAUGAAGAAGAAAAAGCAAAUGUAACAGGAAACGGUGAAAAACCCACCAAAAAAGGAAACAGGGGACCCCGAAAAAUUUUCAAGUGGACACCUGAAAUCAGAAAGCUGUUAUGCUCCAUUGUCAGCAUCAAAAUGCAGAUGUUUGAAACAUUCAGAAUCCGAAACCAAACAGCUGAGGAGUACUUGAAAACUUUCUUGGAAAAUGAGGUUAAGCUACUUUGGCCUCAAGGGUGGAUGCAGACUCGAAUGCUUUUCAAGGAAAGCAGAUCAGUGCAUGGAAAGUGGACAAAUCCACAAAAACCCAAGAAGUCAGUUUUGAUGACCAAGUCUGCCCAGUCUCCUCAACCUUUGGCAUCAGUCAAUGUGGAAAACAUGGUGGAAAACAAAGUUCUCAAAAGCAGUGAGACAGUCAGCAACAUGGUGUGUGAUGUAAUUGAGCUGAGUGACAAUGAUGAGCAGAUGCCUGUGGUAGGCCAAAACAAAGAUACCAAAAUAUGUGCCAUCCCAGCCACUAUUGAUAUCCCACCCAUGCAUUUCAUGCCUCGACCAACAGACAUUCUUAACACAUCUCCAAAUACAUUGCAAGCUGCUGCAGCAGCCACUGCUGCAGCAGUUGUAGCAGCAGUCUCUGUGCCAAAACUGGAGGUACAGUCAUCUGUAGGGGAUCGCCUCCCUCGAGAAACUUUGGUGUCAGAGAUAUUGAAAGGAACUUUGCCCUCACCUGCAAACUUUCCUUUGGCUGGAAAAUCGCAGCUGGCCCAUAGUGCACUCCCCUCAUCGGCAGUCAGAGCGUCAGACGCAGUGGUGCACCCUAGUGAGUCAUUUCUAGCCGCAUAUGACCGCUUUCUCAGUGGCGCUGGCAGUAGCAGUCACCUUUCACCUUCUUCCAAGCAGCAACAGUUGACAUCCUUGCAGAAGGUGCAGAUGAAACAGCAGCAGAAGAAGCAGCUGCAGUCUAAAGUUGUUUCUUCCUCUAUGGGCAAGCAUGACCUGGGUAAUGACCGAUCAAAGCAAACGGUGCCUGUUCAGUGGCAUAUGGACAACUUACUGAUGGAUGAUAAAGUGCACAAGGGCACAUCUGUCGUCUCAGAUUCCCCAGCUAAUCACCUUUCAACAUCUAGAACAGCAGCCUCAACCUCAACAUCAACAGUGCCACAAGUUUCUGUCAGCCAGCCUGCCAAUUACAAGAAGAUGUAUUCCUUGCUUAAGGGCAGUGAAUCUUUGGAUGCUCUGCCAACGUCAAAAACAGAUCUAGUGCAACAGCAGAUAAUCAGUCAGAUCUUGGCUGAACAAGAGGCUGCCAAGAAUCUUCAAAUGGGCAGGAAAGUCUGGAGAGGACCAUUCCAAGAAGAGCUUGUCAGGGGGGAUAUCCCAUCACAUCCCAAAGCUUCCCACUCCUGCUGUUGUGUUGAGCAGGCAACUGCCAUCCACCUCAUCAACUGUGUCUUUGAUGUCCCCCUUCCACCUCUCAGAGACAAGCACAGAGCUCAGGUUCUGUAUUGCACGGUGUGUCAGGGUCAGUGAGGGCAGGAGGUGCACAGAUGCCAUCCCUUUC